ACAGGUUCUGUCGUAACCCGCAGACUCAGCCUUUGCGGUCACUUGUGACUUGCUGGAAGGGGAAAAGCUUCAGGCUGCAGCCCAGUGGCCCCAGUUGCAAAUUUCAGUUCGUUCGUUGCAAGCCAAGUCAUCCAUGAAUAUCAAAAAAUAAGCCAAGGGUCCUAGCUUGAAACAGGCCCAAAAAGGGGAUCAAACCCCACUCGAUGGAUCUCUAGAAAGUCAAAAUACUUCAUGCCGUAGAAUGUCCGUUGUAUCUUUAUAUAUCCCCAGGUGUCCAUGCUUUCCCCAUACUCACAGAUUUACGCCUCUCCUUUGUAAAUUUCCAUUCUUUGGGGUCCCAUUCUUCAUUCCUACAUUCAUUAUUCGCGCUGGCUGAGCCAUGUGAAGAUGGCUUCCAUUGAUCUCGCCGUUGCAAUUCCGACUUUGAUCGGAAGCUUACUUUCUUGCUUUGCUUCGGGACUGAUCUUCUGCUGUUACAUAUUCCUUCCACAAAUCCCUCAUUUUCGCCACAUUCUUAUCAUAAAUCUCGCGGCAGCUGGUAUGCAUUUUGACUUCUCCAAACUCAAACUCUGGCUGACUUUCAUGCGAUAGAUUUUAUCAAUUCUUUCAACAACACCGUCUCCGGCCUCUGGAUUUUAGGAAAUGGUGAUCUUUCUGUCGGGGGCAAAUGUUCAUUGAAUGGCUGGCUUGGCCAAUUGAGUGUACAAGGAGUCGACUUUGCAAUCCUCUUGAUCGCCAUUGCAACAGUCAUGUCAUUACUAGGAAAACAUGGGAUGUUUGAUACCAGCAUCAAAAGCAAGGUCAUCUUAACGACUGCUGUUUGGCUCAUGCCAGUAAUUACAAGUAAGAUAGCCAAUAACCAAGACAUGGACUAUACUGACAAGUUCAUAGGCUUCACCGCGCUUGGCCUGAAGGCGUACACUCCAGUUAGUGGAAACUGGUGUUGGAUUUCUGCCGAGAAACCCAUUCUCCGAUACGGUCUCACCCAUGUAUGGCGAUUCAUCAUUAUCUUCGUCACAGUAUGCCUUUACGUUUAUCUCUACAUCUACUUUCGUUCCGAGCUCAAGGAAAUCGCCGCUCUGCGUCGACCAUCCGACGCGUCCUUUGCCACGUCGAUAAUGGACGCUCCGAAGGAGGAGGACGAGGAGUUUGAAAUGCGAGACAAGGAAAUGAGAUUGAACUCUUUUAGUCACGAAGACGACUCGGUUCCGAUAUCUUCCUCGAAAGCGCUUACGAAUUUUACUUCUUAUGAACAACAGUAUGGCUCCGCCACGCAUGAGCAAACUCUUGAAUACGACCGCUCUGCAUCCCUCGUAAAGAAACAACGAGAGAUACAAAAGGUUCUGCUUCUUAACGCAUAUCCGAUCGCCUAUGUUAUUCUCUGGCUCCCAGGGCUCAUCAACCGCCUGAACGAAUUGAACGGGAAUCACUCAAGGGUACUGCAAAUCAUGCAGAGCUCAUCGCAAUUUGUUGGGCUCGCAAACGCAAUUACCUAUGGAUACAACGAAGGAAUCAAGAGGCAAAUGAGGAAGUGGUGGACGAAGAAAAGUGGACAGUCUAAUCAGCGCGGUAUGGUUUAGGACUAGGGAGGGAGAAUUUCACGUAUUUUGGUUUUGUUCUUUAAGCGGGUUUGGGUCGGAUUCAUAAUAUACCACCAUAGCACAGCGUGCAUAUCCUUUUCAUUUAUAUAAUCUCCUUCAUACCUAGCGUAGUCGAGCAUUAUAAAAAACUGAAAAAAAUAAAACAUAAUUUAAU